AUGAAGAUCUUCAAAAGUGAUUUGCCAAUGUGCCCUACACGUCAACCUUGCUCUCAAUGGGCUAGGAAUUAUAUGAAGUAUUGUCUUUGUUCAAGGAAGGACUGGAUUUCGCUGAUAUUGGGAAUAGUUAGUAUUGUCAGUUGGGGUGUCGCAGAGGUACCUCAGAUCAUCACAAAUUUCAAAGAAAAAUCUUCUGAAGGGCUUGCCAUCGGCUUCCUUAUGACAUGGAUACUUGGAGAUAUUCUGAAUGUGCUUGGUUGUUACCUAGAGCCAGCUACACUUCCAACACAGUAUUACACGGCAGUGUUGUACCUCGUGACUACCUUAGCUCUUUCCUCCCAAUCAAUUUACUAUGGUCAUUUCCGUCAUCAUGGUACAUCUAAGAGACAAGGCCACGAGAUUGAAUCAGCAGACAAGAAAAGAGAAUGCAGUCACGAUGGUAGCAAGAAACAGCUGGCCAAUGGUGAUAUCCCGGAUGAGUCAACGGUUCCUAUGCUGUCAAAAUUCACUCAAAGUCUGCCAAUUCUUGCUGUCGAUGACGAUGCUUCUCCUGAAAGAGCAUAUUACACUUCUGCUAGAUCACUAUCUAGAAGUCUCACUCCUACAGUGAACUUCUUCCCCUCACAAAGAACAACUACUCCUAUAUGCGAUCAGGAAAGUGUUCAAGAACCUUUGCUUCGUGGACAUUUAUCGAGACAUACAGCACCUGCAUCAGAAACUAAGACCAUGCUAUGUGUGGUUUUUACUGUGACAAUUUUUCUCUGCACAUACAAUCUUAAGCUUGAAAGAGACAGUUACCUCCACUCAAAUUCAGUAAAACAACAUGAAGGAAUUGUUAUGCAAGUGGGAAGAAAGCUUUUACAGGUAAGAAGCAAUAUUCUGGAAGGUCAUAAGGGCAUGGAAAGUAAUGGGAUUGGGACCUUCCUUGGUUGGGGAAUGGCAGCUAUUUAUAUUGGUGGACGUCUUCCACAAAUUUUCUUAAAUAUUAGAAGGGGAAAUGUGCAGGGUCUGAAUCCCUUAAUGUUCAUGUUUGCUCUUCUUGGAAACUCUACGUAUGUAGCGAGCAUACUUGUGAGUACUCUGGAGUGGUCGAAAAUAAAACCUAAUCUACCAUGGUUGAUUGAAUCAAGCGGAUGCAUGUUGCUUGAUACUUUUAUUCUUAUACAGUUUAUCUACUUUCGGUAUCGGAAACGUAGAGAUGUUGAUGAAAGGCGUGGGAGGUUGGAUCUAUGA